GGAAGCUCAAACAAAACAUUCCAUUUCGUCAAUAAUUGGAUAUAACAAGAGAACAAAAUAUUUAAGUAAUCUUGAUUUUUUACAGCAAAGACCAUGGACAGAGAGAGUAUGCAGCAGCUGUCCCUGCGUCUGUCCAGGGUGCUGGGGGACAUUGGGGUCAGCAGGUACAUACGCACCAGGAGGAGGAGAACAUUCCUGAUGAGGGAGACACUAGAUAGGAUCACACGUGAGUUAUGUGGUUACAACAUCGCUUCCUAUACCUUUGGUAGCCAGACAGAGGGGACCACCACACUGGGGAUGAAGUCAGAUAUAGACACAUUGAUAUGUCAUAAUGGCUCUCUUGUAAUACUUGACUGGAGUGAAUGGAUGCAGGAGAAGGGGAAUCUUCUUGUGGUAAAGACUGAACAAUCUCCACCCCAGCACUGCUGGCUUCAGUAUGUGAGACCGGACCUUCCAUUACCAGUGACAGAGGUGUCCGGGCCUAAUGACAUGGUGGACAGUGAGGGCAGAGUGCUGAUAACCAACACUCAAAUUGAGAUGCAUAAAGACUGGAGACAAAUGAGCCAGUCUAGAGAGAUGGUCCAACAUGGUCCAUCAAGAAGCUGGGAUGAAAUGGUCGACAUAAUAAUUGCAUUUCACUGUACCAGCCUUCCUGAAGAGUGCAAGUUUCUAUUCUGUAGGCCACGCCCUGGUCACUGGCCCAGACCUGAUACACUCACCACUGCAAGGCAGACUGGAGUGUUCCUGGUGCCACAAGGAUACACUGAGGAUCCUUCAAGACCAGUCAAAUGCAAAUCCACAACAUUUCAUGUGCCUCAAGAAAACAGGCACUAUCCUCUAUAUAAGCGGGAGUGGAGAUUUUCAACUUCAAUCAUGGAGAGACUUCUUGUAUUUGAUAUGAAUAUAAUACAGCAUAAGGUGUUGGUAUUUCUGAAAAUGCUUAGAAAAUCAAUAAUAAAGCAGGUUGUUGAUGACCGUUUCAGCACAUUUCACAUGAAGACUGCAAUUCUGUUUACAAUAGAGACAUAUCCACCAAACAUAUGGAGGGAAGACAACCUUGUACAGUGUGUGAUCUACUGUCUGGCCACACUUCUCAGAUGGCUGAAGAUCAGGUUGUGUCCACACUACACCAUCUCAGGGGUGAAUCUGUUCACUGGAAAGCUGUUCAAACAUGAACAGUACAAACUGCAUACCAUGAUAACAGAAAUCAUUUACAGCCAUUUCCAGUGCCUAUAUACAAUUGAAAUGGAUAAUCUGGGGAGGAGAAUGUCAUCUGUUAUUUCACCCCAAAAUAUUGGGGUUUACACAAGGUGCACACUCAAUCAAGUCCAAAUGGUUGAAUUGUACCAAUGGUGGGCAAUACAGGUAAUCAAUGGACAUAAAGAUUUACUUAUCAAUGACAAGAACAACUUAUAUCAAUCUUUGAUAGAACAUUUUGAGACAUUGAAUUUUUUAAAGAACAAUGGAACUGAAAUAGAACAAGAGGCAGCUUCCUUGUGCAUACCAUCAGUGUGUGGAGCCCUUGCCUCCAUCCAAGCUUCCAGGUGUAUCUACCAAGGUCAACCCAUCACACACAACAUUCUCCACCUGUACCAACUGUCCUUUGACUCGGAUCUGCUGUCCAGCAGACUGAAGUUUGCCUCCAUGUUGUACUGCAGUGGGCAGUAUGAGGCAGCAGCAAACUGCCUGACCUACUGUGAGGGACUGAUGGGGCCUUCAGUGUGGCAAUAUUGUGGAUGUACAGGAAGAAAGGGAACUCUACCAACCAAUGAGUUGGCGGAAAAGACUGUAAACACAUCAUUCAAGGAUAUGUUACAGAAGUAUACAGUCUUCCAUAUUAUUUUCACUAAACAUGAUAUCCAUUGUGUUCCACAACAUCUGGUGUAUGAAAUGUUCAGAACAGUAGGAGAUGAAGACAGGAUACAGAGACAUCCAGCACAUAGAUAUGAAUGGAUGGAACACAUUGUGAUUGACUGUGUCCCUUUUCUCCAUUACCUACAGUACCUCACACACACACAACUGAACCAACAUGACAGAAAUUUACGGGCACUGAACAACCUUUAUUUCUACAUAUCUUCAAGUGAAGGCCAUGGUAAUAUAGAUACAGCCUGGAACAUGCUGGGCCACUGUUAUGAACUGGAGAACGAGCUGGACCAGGCCUGGUUCUGCUACACCAAGUCACUGCAGCUCUAUCCAAGAAACAAUGCAGCCAACUGGCAUGUAGCUAGAAUCAUGAAUCAACACUUAAACAGCUGAAGCUGUUACUCAACAUGCAGACCGGAUGUGGUUAAAAGGGAAAAAAAAAACAUCCAUAGUAUUGACUUUGCUAAUGAAAAUGGAUACUAGUUGAAUAGAAAUAAAGAUACUUUUGAAAUGUUAAUUACUUGUAAUGUAUAUAUGAAACUACAACUACAAAAUUUUCCUUGGUGCAAAAAAGAAUAGUGACCGCAAAUGUGUCAGUGACAUUUCAAACACCUUAACGUGUUUUAAAGAAGAGAUAGUUUGUGUCAAGUUUAUAUUUCUGUUUUCAAAAUUUAUCUUGUCAAUAACCUAAACUAGGCACAAUCAAACUGCAAAUUUUCAUUGAAGACAAGGUCACCUUGUAGCACCCAAACUAAAACAUUUAGAUCAAAGGUAUCACAGAAAAAUGACAAUGUAAUUGUGCCAAAAAUACCACAGACAAUCUGAAAUUUGGGAUAGAGCCAUGAAUCUUUUUGCCAAUAGUUGCUUUGUAAUAUGAAACUAACUAUAUAUUAGGUCUAAGUAUUAUGUAUAAGAUACUGUAACUUGAUUUUCCAAAUUGACACAGUUUCAUGGUAUUAUUAAACCAUUCAUAUAAUUUCUAUCAAGUUUAACUGAAUACAAAUGCACCUUGGUUAAUAAAAACUUAAACCAA